AUGCAGUGCACAGCCUCUUCUCCUCAGGACCCCACACAGGCGAGCGGCGACCGGGCCGAACUGACCCAGCUGCCCGCUAAAGACGCGUCCUCCAUAGACAGCAGCCCCAGAGCGCUGACCUUUGACCUGCUGAACAUGGUGAUCUGCUUCAAGCGGAUGGCCAUCUUCCUGGAGCCGGUCACAGACUCGCUGAAGGUGCUGCGGUCUCUGCUCGGGUGGAGGAUGCCGCUGUGCUCCCUGCUGAGCUGCGUUCUGCUCAGCAUCCUCUUCCUCACUCUGAGUGAAGGCGCGUGGCUCUCUCUGCUGCUGCUGGCCGUCUCUGCUCCGGCUGUGCUGGGGUACCUCGGCAACCGUUGCCAGGGCGCGAGCUGCGAGGUGGCGGUUCAGAAGAAGAAGCACUAUGCGGUGCAGCGGCGAGACCUGCAGACGGUCCACAUGAGCAAACAGGAGGCCAUGCUGGAGGUCAAGGGCAUGCUGAAACGAGUAGAUGAGCUGCUGACCCAGGCGUGUGUGUGUGCAGAGUCUGUGUAUAAAGUGUUGUACUGGGAGAGCCACGCCGUCUCCUCCAUGUGA